AUGUCGUCUCGAUUUCCCCCUUCGUCCGGGUUUAACUCCCGCGACCGUUCCCCUCAACGAUUCGGGGAUCGUCGCCAACCCGGUGGUCCCCGUGGCCUUGACGACGGGAGUCCUUCAUUCGGUAGAGAGCCCCCGCGCGGUCCUCGUGCCCUCGUCGACUCCCCAGGUCGAGGCGGCUCCUUUGGCGCCAGUGAUCGCUUCGGUGGAGGUGGAGGCGGUGGCCGAGGACGAGGUUAUGGCCGCGGCGGUGACUUUCGAGACAGAGAUCGAGAUCGAGACCGCGACCCAAGAGAUCGGGAGCGCGACUUUCGAGAUACGCGAGAUGGACCCCCGUUCCGGCGCGAUGUCGAUCGCGACUAUGGUGGUCGCCGAGACCGUGAGUUCGAUCCCCGAACGGAUCGUAUAGGCUUUGGUCGAGGUCGCUCCCGUUCGCCGACACGCGACUUUCGUGAUAUAAGAGAUCCUCCCGGCCGCGAUUUCGACCUGGUGCGCAUGCGACGUAACUCUCGGGAUAGUAUCCUGUCGGCGUCGUCUGGAGGCCCAGAUGGUCCUCCUUCAAACGGUGGUCAUCCUCAUGUUGGUGGCCCGAUUCGCGGCCGUGGUGGCCGUGGCGACUGGGAAGGAGGUCGAGGACGUGGUCGUGAGCCAUUCCGCCGUCGAAAUCGUGAGGAUCGUGACCGGCCGCUGGAGCCUUGGAAACGUGAUCUUCCUCCUAGCAGAACAGACAAUCGUGGCUCCAUCGCCUCGACUGUUGCCUCUACGUCCAAUGCCAUCGCGGUGACGGGUCCGACGGUACCAGAUCGGUUGUCUGAACACGAACCCACUGAACAAGUGUCCCGAAAAGCAUCGAUCAUCUCUGGACCCUCGACAACGGAACUUCGACGUGAUAGUGAUCGACCAGAGCCAGCCCCCGUUCGAUUUGAACCUCCCAAGGAUGCGGGACUUCUUGGUCAGCAGUCUCCUCCCCCUCUGCUCCUCAAGUUCCUGCCUUUGGAAAAGGAUCGACAGCCUUUCCAACCACCCACUGGCCCGAAGGCCGAGAGAAGCCAGUCAUUGCAACCAGUCGAAUCUCGCAUACAUUCAUUCGAUGGCAAUCACCGCCAGGAAGAGGCGGCUCGUGCUGCCAGAGCGUCUACUCACCUGUCUGACCGAUCCCCGCCAACCGCCCCUGCUGCAAUGGCAAAACGCGACUCGAUUUCCGGAAGUGUUGAGCAAUACGCACCUGGGAAACCUAACGUAGUCACUACUUCUCCGACCUUUGCUCGACUUCCUCCACCUGCUCCUCGAGCGCUCUCCAGAGAUCCGUCAAUUUCUCCUCGGAUGCAAUCCUCGAGCAUCCCAACUGGGCCGCGGGCGUACCAGCGGCGGCCAAGCUCAUCACCGCGUGGUGGUGGUAACAAAGGGAUCAAAUCAUGGGGCCGUUCUAGUUUUGGUCGUGCUCCCUCCGUACCAAGUGCACCCAAGAAAGAGCCCGAGGAGCAUGAGGGGAAGAUACCCGCAGACGACAAGUUGCAUCAGGACGUGUUGCCUGCAUCGACACCUGCUGCAGAGGAGCCAAAGGCCGUCAAAGAUGCUGCACCGGAGGCAGUGAAAACAACUCCCCCGCGCCGCAGUUCCAUGGAGCUUCCCAUCCGAAGUAGUCCACAGCCUGUCUCUUUCACAGAGGUUAGCCCGACGAGAGAAAAGGAAGAAAUGGUUAAAAAAGACUCCACACGGGUUCCAGAUGUUGCACGAACCAGUGACGACCGUGAAGCAGAUGAAGAGAAAGAGAAGGAUCCAGACACAGAGAUGGAGGUUGAUGAAGAGGAAGAGGAAGAGAAUGUCGUUUUCACCAAAGAGUACUUGGAAGAGCGAAAGCAGACCUUUGAAAAGGAAAUGCAGUCUCUGCGGUCUGAACUGCCUCUCUCGCCAUUGGAAGAUCCACACAUCGUGUCUCUUUUGCUGAGAAUUCAGAUGCUUGGGAAAAUUGCCCAUGAAGAGCAAGUCGAGAAGCCCACCGCGCCCAUCCCAUCCGUGGAAGAGGAAGAAGAGCAGUCGACUGUCCCAACUGAGGAGAAAGUGGUUUCGUUUGCCCCGACGGUCCUUGAUCGCGAUUCAGAACCCGUUCCCCUCACGGUUGUCCCCCCAAUUGCAACUCGCGAUGAAAUCACCGUCGAGAGUCUGCCAUUCUUGCAUUCGGGGCCUCCCACCCCCAUUUCCGAUCUGGAAGUAUGCCAUGAGAAUAAUUCCACUCAGGAGCGCCUCAAGGAUAUGAUCCAGAGCGAGCUUUCCAGGCGGCAGAAGGAGGUUGCGAAGAAAAACGCUGGGCUUCGAGAGGAGUACAUGUCUUAUUACAAGCGUUGGCGAUUGGACGUUUGGGAAAUGGAUCGACUGAAAGAGAAGAAGCCCAUGACACCGGGUCCUGCUUCCCCUCCGGCACCGCCCGUUCCCACUCCUCCAGUGGUCGUUCCCGAAGGUCGCGAAGGUCGCGAAGGUCGACGGUACAAAGGAAACAGCGAACUUGAUUUCUUGAAUGCAUUGAAGGCAUCAGAGAUCUCGGCCCAGGAGGAGCUUGAACGCCGACGAACCAAAAUGGCGACUGCUCGACCCGACUUGGCCCGCGAAGCAGUGAUUCCGGAUAUGCUGGAACCCCGAGAAGUGAAAGCAGGCAUUUACAAGGAUGUCAACAACACCAUCGAAGCAAGCCAUGCGAUGGAAGUGUUUGGUUUCCUACCACCACCCAAUGACUUCACUCCCGAGGAGCAUCAGUUGUUCACAGAUGCCUUCAUGGCGUACCCGAAGAAAUGGGGCAAAAUCGCAGACUCUCUGCCUGGUCGUGAUUUCAAGCAGUGCAUCAUUCACUACUAUCUUACCAAGGAGGAGAUCAAAUACAAGGCCAAGCUGAACAAACGCUGGAGUCGACGAGGCAGAGGAAAGGCGCGGUCGUCUCGACCAAAGUCCAAUGCUCUCAUCGCCGAUUUGGGAGUCGUCAAGCCUGACUUUGACGGUGAAGACGAGCAGCCUCCUCCUGUCACCGACACUGGACGCCCUCGGCGUGCGGCAGCACCCACCUUUGGUGAUUCCAACGAAACCGAAGGCACCGCCACCGGUGGUCGCCGUGGUCAAUCUGCCAAAGAUGGCGAGCUCUCCGAUAAGCCCGUCGUUCGGCGUGGCGGACGUACUGCUGGUGCCCGUACUCAACGACGGGGUGCCAAAAAUGCCCAACCAGAUUCAAAAGCUCAGACCCCCGUGCCCCCGAGCAAUCCUCCUCUUGCUGCGGCUCCCAAGGUUGAACUGGCCAUGGACGGAAUGAUGGAGGCCCCUUUGCCACAGGAAAAGGAAGUUGUGGAGAAAGAGGCUCCACCACCCGUCCCGCGCCCCCGAGCUGGUCGUGGAAGAGCAAAGGAAGGGGUGUAUAUCUUCGAAUCCACGGAAACCGAGCCAACCAUGGCGACGCCCAAAGCUUCAGAGAGUGGCUAUGGGUCUCUUCAACCGACCAGUUACUGGUCCGUGCCUGAGCAGCGUGAUUUCCCACGCUUGCUAGCACACUUUGGUCGUGACUUUGAGGGCAUCUCGAAUUUCAUGAAGACCAAGACGACGGUGAUGGUGAAAAACUACUUCCAGCGACGUCUUGACUCUGGGCAGAAAGAUUUCGAAGAGACUGUGGUGAUGGCAGAGGAAAAGAAGGCUCGCGGUGAACCAACAGGUCCUCUUCCAGUCCCCAGUGUCGCUCCAAAGCGCCGUUAUGAAGCAACUCCAUCGGCCAUUGUUCCACGCCCGCUUGCUCCUCAUGGCGAGCUGAUGCCUGAGACGGAAGAUGGUCGGUUCCCCUCAAAGGGCAAGCCCAUUGCCAUGUCACCUCAACCUAUGCCAUUGCACGGUCGACCCAUGCCUGAAGGUGAACGAACUCCCAGUCGUUACGCACCACUUGCGCAAGCUUCGACUGCAGCAACAGCCCCAUCCGUUGCUGCUACUCUCGGUGAGGAUGCUUCUCGGGCAAUGCGUACACAGGCUCCGUCCUCUCGCAUGCCAGGUCCUCGUCUUGGAUUCUUUACUGAUGAACGUCGCGAUUCGGCGAUUCUACCAGCCACUGGUCAGCGUACUCAAGAAAUGCAGAUGCCCUCGCGUCAUCCUGCGGGGGCGGGCAUGCCCCAAGACCUGGGCCGAAUGGAUCCUUUAUCCUCACAGGCUUACAUGCCUGGGCAACCACCAACAUCUCUUCUACCUCAUUCUCAUUCCCACUCCCGCCAUACCAGCCUCACCCAGGCCCCCGGGUCGCCAUCGCAACUCUCACGGCCAGAGCUUGACAUAUCCUCGGUUCAUCGCGAUCCAUUCGCACAAAGGGCUUAUUAUUCGCUGCCGGGACAAUCUGGAAUGUCCCAUUCCCCUCGUCCAGGUCUUUCGCCAGUCAAAGAUGCUCCGCGUCCUAGCGCGACACCGGUUCCCGAGUCAACCCCUCGACAGGUACCUGCGAAGCGUUCAAACAUCAUGAGCAUUCUCAAUGACGAGCCUGAAGAACCUCAGCCACGGAAGCGGUUUGCUAGUGAGGUCCCUCCUGGCCCUGGCCCUUUAUCUGCGUCAAGGUCUGUCUAUCAACCCGGUGAGUCCGCUCGUCUUGAGGAUGCAGGCAUGUCUGGGUCUGGACAGAAGCCUUCAACCUAUGGUCAACCAAAUCCGUACCAAACACCGUCUCGUGGAUAUCCAGAGUACGGCAAUUAUGGGCCCCCUCAGGGUGGCUCAGCUACUUCGGCAAACAACGACUGGAUGGCGCGAUUCGAUCCCAGAGCGCAACAAGGAGGUCCACCAGCACAAGCUCAGCCGCCGCCUCCUCCACCUCAAUCAUCACAGAACGGUCGUCCAGUCUCGUCACUUGCUGCUCAAGGCUCCUACGGACACUAUGCAUCCGCACAACAUCAACAUGGUGGGCCGUUGAGUGCCAUGCCUGUGCCAUCUCCCGCACCUACUCCACCACCGGCUGGCUCUCAGCGAUCUGCGUACCCCAGCGUCUUCUCGCAGCCUGGUGCUCGUGAAAUGGCCCCGCAACCCUCGGCGUACCGACCUUCGUCGCCUCCUCCGCGACCCAGCACUGUUGCAUAUGGCUCCCGUCCAGAGCCACCUACGCCAGCUCCGUCAUCGAGCAACCUCUUUGCUAUGGCACCUCGUCAACCUGGAUCGCAACCUUCGUACUCUCCUGCUGCUCCGUCUUCCGCGGCAACGAGUCAGCAACACGGUCAAAGCUAUCAACAGCACGUCCAAACCCUGGUUAAUGGUUCCCACCAGCCACAUCGCUCAACUCCUGUCGGGUUGGCUGGUGGCCCUCCACAAUAUGGACACAACACUCCUCCACCGCAGGCCCAGGGCCGAUCGAUGCCAUCGCUGGCAAACCUUGGACGGUCUUACACUCCUCCAUUAGCCAUGCACCCUGGUGGUAUGGGCUACGCGCAGCCACCACCCUCGGCUUCCGGUGGGAUUCCACCUUUACAUCAACGACCACCGGGCCCGGGUGAGCCUCCCGUUCACACGCCAGGUCAUCACCGUGUCUACAGCCAAGGUUCGGCUCAAGGGGGUCUACCGGGUUCAUUGCAUCCGUCGCAGCCGCCUCGCUAA